AUGGCGUCUGUACCUCAGUCCUAUGAAAAGGACUGGGAGCGUGUCAAUGCCAAAUCAUGGGAACUGCCUAACUACGGCCCCGGUCCAGAUUUUGGUCGGGGGACAAUCUACCACCAGGACUACGAUGAGUACACGGAAAAUAAAGGUCCGGAUUAUGAUGAUGAGAAUGAUUGCGAGGACAUGAAAUAUGACCGCCCUGCCGUUGACUAUCCGCCGCACCCUACAAGUUCAACGGAACCCGUAACUGGCCGGUCUAUCUCAAGUGUACCUCCUGUACCCACGCCAUCGUCGAUUCCAAGUCAAAGCACCUUUCCAACACCGGCACUUAUUACUGGAUCCAGACCAGGUCGAGCUCAGGCACCAGAGGGGCCAAUCUUCAAUGAGCGCGGGCCUAAUACCAGCAGUACCAAUGCAUUCGCACGACAGCCGAAUUACCCUGCGCGUAAUAUCAAAUCAGGUCAACAUACCCCUCUUAAGAGGGGACAUACUGACUCACCGCAACCAGUGUUUCAGUCAAAAAAAGGCAGUGGUACUUCAACUACUUCACAAUACAGAGCUAAGUAUCCACCUAGCGCACAAGGGCAAAAUGACUCUCAUUCCAAGGCAAAGUGGCGCAAGGGCUUUCCUCCAGAUGCAUCUUAUCGUUUGCCUUAUGAGUGUCAAGUGUUCCAAGCAAAAGUUAGACAAGUAGCCACAGGAGAAACUUUCAACAUCGACUUUCGCCAGAGAAUUAUCGAGGACACUGGUGCCUAUGUGAGGAUGAGCGUGGGAAACGCCAAACUCGUUCACAUCUGGGGCCGACAAAACCAGGUUUUGGCGGCUCAGAAUAUGCUUCAGGAUAUGUUGAGUCGGUUAAUGCAGCACCGGACUUCGCCUAAAGUAUCGCGUUGGACGAAGAUACACGCGCAUUCAAAUACGAAGGUCGCCCACGCUCGGUCGCAGGAAAGCCACGAGGAAAGAUUGUCCGAGAUGCGAAAGCCACCGAGAAUUGCCACGGAUUAUACGCUUGCUUUCCUCUGGCCCUCGGAUGGCCCCUCAAUGAACUACUUUAUUACUGCCCGGCGUGAGAUCCUCGAUAUUAUUCGCCUGAAAUAUGACGUGAACAUCUACAUCAAGCCUGGCAUCCCGGACUACCUUUUCAUGUCGGGAAAUAAUGAGCGAGAUAUGUGCAUCAUUACAUCUCGAUUCCGAGAGCUGUGGGAGAGGCUAAUGGUGCAGCAUGAGACGGAAAUCAAGCUGUUCCUUGUUGCAGCGCCCCCGGUAGAAAUUAUCAGAACCCACGUCAUCCUGCAAAAGUCUGGUCAUCUUUCAAGACCUGUUAUCUGUGGACCGGAACUGGCCCCAGACGUAGCCGCGACAUGGCAGACCACUGCGGAUGAGAUCAAGGCCAAUAACAAGAGCAUUGUCACCACCCGCCUUAGGAGAGCACUGCAUGUGAUUCCUCAGUUCCGGGGAUUCCUGCAAAUGCGAGCAAAGUUCGGUUCGUUCGCGCUGCAACAGUGGCGCAAGCCGAAAGAUGGCACUUCUUACGAGUUCGCCGAGUUUCGCGAGAUGCUCACACAUAUGAACACCGAAGGGCGUUUGCUCCCGGGAAUCCGGUUGCAGCAAGAUGAAAUCUUCGACCGAGUCAUGGCAUCAAAAUUUCUUAAGCCCUGGGGUAAAGCCAAACUCCAAUCCCUCUUGAACCUGAUGCCUAGGUAUUCUGCCAACUUUGAGUAUCAAGUGAACAAUGAUUCGGUGAUUUGCGUGGAAGCGAAAUUCUCUCUCCCUCUUGGCUCGCAGGAGUUUGAAGUCAACGGAAUCCGUUGUUUCAAAUCAAAACAGAUCGGUGCUCCUGUUGAUCGUCAGAUGCCAAUGCAGAUCAGCAUGAUUGACUUUGAAAGGUCCGACUGGCAACUUGAAGUGAAGGCUCUUGAACUCUGCCCCGAAAAGGAUAUCUCCCCCGAGCUAGAAAAAUUCACGCGUUCUAUUGGUUUCCAAUGGAACCCAAAUGCAAAGAACAUUGGAUGUCCCCCCCAGCGCAAGGCGAGGUUCUCAUAUGGUUCGCCAGUCAAGCGCUUCGUCGAAAAGGCCACAAUUCAGCUGCAAGUCAAAGAUUCGCCGCAUGUAUUCGAGCUCGCCCGCUUCGACGAGUACACAUACGCGGCUGGUCACUGGUCGAUGACCCCGAAAGUGUCAUGGGGUGCAUCACUGUUCAAUCCUAGUUGGGAUGAUAUACUAGGUGAACAGGCUGAUGUCAAGGUUCUCGAUAUUUCUAAAGACGGGUGUCUGUCGGUGUUCUUUCCCCCGCCGGGGGAUGAUCAGGAACAGACGGAUAAGCAGAAAACGGAUGAUGAGCUCCGCAAGGAGGCUGAGAUCCGAAAGGUGGACGAGGAGAAUCAGCUGGGCCUUUUCAUGAGCACUGUCCAGAAGAUUGCGCGGAUGUUGGGGAAUCCGGGCGCUGAGAUGUCCGAUCUCCUUGACACUGAUCUUGGAAGUUUGUUCUAG